UUUGGAUUCUCCCUUGCCAGAACUCUGAGAUCGGGUCUCGAGGUUGCCUUUACAGUAACUCUCAAAUCUGUGGGACCAGGAUCUGCUGAAGUUCUUGCCUGCGCUGCUUGUAAUAUUCACGAGCAAAGGCAACUGCAGUGGGUUCUAAAGGGCUGCUUGUGGGGUAACAGAACCCGUCUGCAGCCUGAGCAAACUCCUGUGCAGAGGCCAUUACAGGAGUGAUGUGGCAAGGGGAGCCAGCGCCCUGUGCAGUGCGCUUGUAAUUGUAUAUCUUGACUCCUUCAACAAUCUCGAGGAUUCGACUGUCUAGUUUGUCACUGCCAUUCCUGGC